AUGGCAAUUGCGAAGGAGGAAGAAGGCUUUAUGGCACAAGCACUCAGGCAGAUCAAGAUCUCCAAGCUUCUUGAACCCCCUGAUCACCUUGGCUACCUCACCUUGCUUGAAGUGAUGGGCAUCCUGGGAGGCACCAUUUUCCCUUCUGAGGUCUUAACGCAGCAUUUAGAUCAUCAGAAAAAAAGGACCAUCCCGGCUCCUCGGGAUGCGGAGCGUUCGUCUUCCGAACCGUCAUUCCCUCCUUGGACUAAAAUGCUGCCUUUGGAUUCCUCUUUGAACUGCUUGUUUUCCUCACGCUCUUCUUUACAAACAUCCUUCCCAAAUCUGGAUGGCGCCCUGCUCCUGAAGGCAGAUGGAAAUGAAGAAGCCCGGAGUUGCGCUGUGGUGCUGGAGCCCUUAACUCUGAACCAGAGGCACUUCGAAGGGACAGUCACGAUACAUCUUAAAGGCACCAUGACAGACUGGAAGUCAGCGCACAUUAGAAAUCUUCACACGGAGAGCUGGACACUCCGGAGUAAGCCGAUGGGAUCUUCAGCUCGAGAGAUUUCUUGGUUCCAGCAGUUUGUAAGAUAUAUUCUGUCUCAAGGACUUCAUAUGGUGGCUGAAGUGACAUUUUCAUCCGGAGCUCAUUCUCCUUGUACGGGGGUUUUCUCCCCCAUCUCUGGCACCACUGCACUUCUUUCCCUGCUCUUUGCUGAACAAGUGACAGAAGCUGAAGGGUCCCUCCUUCAGACACUUGCGGCAGAGAACAUGUCCGAGGAGGAGGAUUUUUGUCUGCCAGAUGUUGUGAGCAGCGUGCUACGUCAAGUUAUGGAGGACUCUGACGAAGACCAUCAAGCAAGUCCUGAGAGUUUAUGUCCAGGAUGGGUCCAGCAGGAGCUCACCUGUGCUCAAAACUGGUGUCCUGCAGUUCUUGAAGAUUGGUACAAUGUGUCAAACCUUUGCGGGCCAAGCUCACGCUUGAUGGAAUCAUUCAGGAUGCUGCAAGCAAGUUCUGCUAAAAACGAAGAGGAAACCCCAACAUCAGAAGCGGAGCUGAGACAGUCCCUAGCAGAGUUUUACCAGAAAAAAAUUUCUGAGCGGACAGUUUCAUCUCACCCCCGAGAUCAGAAAAAGAGAGCCGGGGUUCCCCGGACACCCAUUAGGCAGAAGAUGAAAACCAUGCCCCGUUCUCUUCAGAUGCUCAAUGCUGCCAUGUUCAACGUGAAAGCUCAGAAACACCAGCCGGAUGGAGAGCUGCCAGCGCAUAAAAAGCCACACCAAAGGCUGCUCUCCAGAAGAUUGGAUGGCAAAGGGGAAAGAAACGGAAGGAAACGGAAAAGCAAGAUAGACUUCAGUACCGAAGAUGAAAUGCUUUCUUACCUCAAUGCAAACUACCAGAACGCUAUGAUGGAUGGAGAAAAUUUGUUUGCUCGUUCCCAAGAUAUGGUGACAGCUGUUAAUGCGUUUCAGAACUCCAGUGAGGCAACUUGUCUAGACACGAUCCAAAGACGUCUCCUGAAACCCCCCAACACUCUUCGUCAACAACUUGCCACUGAUCCUGAUAAAGAAAUCAAAAUCAAAGAGUGCCGACUUCAAGUGUAUUUGCGCCUGGAGAUGUGCCUGCUACAUCCUUCUUUGCAAAAUAAAACAGACAGAAUGGAGCAGCUUGUUCAAGAGAUGACGGAGUUACUUAGGAUGUUGUGUUUGACUAAAGAUCCAGGAUACCUCAGCAGUUUUUUGGAAGAAGUUGUAGAUAUAUAUCUGGAAUCUAUGCCCAAGACUCUUGGUGAUUUGUACUACAGCCUAGGAACGGAGAUUCCCGCUAAGUUAGCUUCCGUCCUCCCAACGGAUUUCUUUAGUGAUGAUUCCAUCACUGAGGAGACACAGAUUCCGUCCCUUCCUGCCUCUGCUACCUCUCUUCCACUUUCUAAAGCAGCUUCUUUAAGCGCCGAAGGAGACGAGCUGGAAGCACUGCGCACCCGAUCUGCCAAGAAACGAAGUGACAAAGGUGAGAAGAAAUCUUUUCAAUGAAGAAACUCUACCUCUGGGGAAAAGUUCUCUACCAAAGAUGGCUCGGAGCCAGUCAGUUUCCAUUUUAGAAGAUCAAAAACAUAAACGCAGCAGAUCUAAGGAAGAUAUUAGAGCUCAUCACAAGCUAUUGACCAAAAGCGUGGCAGAAACCCCUUUGCACAAGCAGAUGUCCAAGAGGCUGCUGCAGCGGCAGAUUACAGGACGGUGUUCGGAUCCUGGGUCUGAUGUUGGCAUUGUAGAAGAAUCUCCUGAAAAAACCAUAACCUAUGGUUUAAGAAGAAGUCCGCGGAUCAAGCAACUGAUGCAGGAUAAAUUUCUUUCCAGCAACAUCCACUCUGUAGAGCCAAACAAGGGGAACACAGCACAAGUGCAUUCUGCACAGCUAGAAGAACCAGGUCUGGCUUCACCUCCCGCAAAAGCCCCCCAAUCUCCAAAGAGUAUACUUUUUGGAGAAGUUUGGGGCGGAUUUAGUUUGGGGAGAACAAGCUGUCCCCAAACGAGAAGAAAACAACUCACCUUUGAUGAGCCUGUUCCUCAGGCACCCGGGAAGAGUUCUUUUCAGUCUUCCCAGGAGCUCUUAAAUCCCAAAGAUUUAAGCACGCUGAGAAGAUCUCCUCGGAUUCAAGAAAAGGCACGGCGGACUCCCCAGAAAACUCCAGCCCUUAAAAACUCGGUGGCCAAAUGUUUGGGAAAUCUUUUCUCCCCUCCGAGGCAGAAGAGCAAGUCCUUACCUGCAUCCACUGGAAAUCAGGAACCCUGCCUGCCUUGGAUUGCCGAGAAGAAAAAUGGGCGUCCUUCCUCACCCAAAGCAGCAGGACUCCAAACCCCAGAGAAGGCACCGCUCUCUGACAUGCUGGAUGAUGUGUUCGCUUUGCCUGCGGAGGGUCCCGAUUCACCCAUCGCCCUGUCGCCUCCUUCAUCCCCAUUUGUCCUUCGGGGGAAAUCGUGCUCAGAACUGCAGUCCUCCAAGCAUUCCUUGAGAAUCGCCCCCCACAGAAUCCCUACAGUUUGCUCUGAGAACUGGACUUUUGAGUCGCGAAGGAAUACCUGUCCUGAGCCAGUCUCAUCUGUGGACUUCCCCCCUCUGUUGCCAGAAGCAUCAUCUGCAGCUUUCAAAGACACACACCCAGAACUGGGUUUGACACACAUUCAGAAGAGUCCAAACAUUAGGACUGUUUCUGAAUCCGCUUUGGAGAUUCGUUCGGCUUUCCAGUUUGAUGGCAUCUCUCCGUCCUGUAAUGGGUCUGCAAAAGCUGCGAGCCCUUGCACGCUCUCUCCAACUGGGGAAAAGCUAGGAAGAAACUCUUGUAGUCCCCAAGAAACACAGAGUGUCAGAAAGACCUCCCCCAUAAAAGCCCUCGGCUCCCCUCCUUCCUUGCCCAGAGAGGAGCAUCCCUCUAAGGGCAGCAGAAGUCUUGUUGCUGAGACCAGCCCAUUCAUUAAACCAGAAGAGGACGCUUCAUUGGAUCAGAGACCUGAACCAAUAAGUAAAAUAAUAAGUCCGAGUAAGAGGAAAGGUUUAGAGAGAUGCCUGUCCCCUUCCAAUAACCCCAUGCGCUUUACGCAUGCUGUAGUAUUGUGCGAAAAACUGGAACUCAGCAAGUCUCUUUCAGAUGGUUCUCUUGUCGAUCCGGGCUGUAGCAGUAGCAUUUCUUCAGAAGAGGACUCUGCGGGUGGGCCCCCUCCGCUCUUCUCAAGUCCUCCCAGACAAGAGCGGGACUCCCCGCUUGCAAUCUCAAAGCCCGGAUCUGGUGCUUACGCGUUGCGCUGCACUGCCGACAGAAGGCAACGGGAAGCUGCCGCACGGCUGGAGAAGGAGGAGAAGACGGCCAGCUCUAAAGCUCUCGGGGCCACAGCUACGCCGCUGACCUAUGAGGUCGAGCUUGAAAUGCAAGCUUCCGGCCUGCCGAAGCUCCGUAUCAGGAAAGUCGCUUCCAAGGCCAUGCAGCGGCCUCUCGAUUUGUGCGACAAACUCAAGGGGGAGGAAAAUGAUCGCGCUGUGGGGGAUGUUUCAGUGGCCUGGUGCAGUAAGCACCCGGAGAAAUUGGAACCCGUCUCCAUCUCGCCGUCCUGCAUUCGCUCCGCCCACAACACCCCUGGGAAGUUUGGGAUGGGCGGGCAGACUUACAUAUGCCAUUCCUAUUCCCCCUGUACCUCCUCUACAACUUCCCCCUCCCAGGGCAGCGCUGGCGUCCCUUGGACCCCGUCUCCCAAACGUAAAGGGAAGGUAACCCCCGAGGCCAUCAAAGAUUGGCCACGAAGGAAAAGGGCCGCGGUGGGCUGCAGCAGAAGCGAAAGGCCGGCCGAAGCCGUUGGGGAAGAGGCAGCCCCACCUCCUGGGGGCAAGGAAGCGUUCGAACUCUUGAGUAGCCGAAAGGUUCGGCUCCUGGGAGACCCGGAACUUGACGGAAUUGACAAGCUUCAAGAUCCGUCCCUUGGCAGCGAUACAGAAGGCCAUAAGGAUGAGAACAUCUACAGAGACACUCUGGUGCUAGAGUCUAGAAAAAGGGCUCAGGAGAAGAGAGCAUGGGGUGAGGAGGCCAGCCAGGAAACGAAAAGGCCAUGCCUAAUAAAAGAGAGCCCCGGAGCAGCUGCCUACUCAACCGAACUGCUGAGUACAGGAGAACAGCCCGUAUCCUCAAAGUCGACAAUCUUGGAGGACAUCUUCAACUUCUCAGCUCCAGAUACGACUCCACCCAAAUCUUCAGGAAACAGCAUGAUCUCUGCUAGUGGCCUUUGGGCCCUGGAACAGUCCCCGCUCCUCUACAAGGGCCCUCCUGCAACCCAGAAGAAGUGCCCAAAAGGGGAAGACCCGGAUACAUUUGGAGCUGCAUACGAGGACUUCUCUCUUUUCCGCAGCACGCCAUCCAGAAAGAGGUCCAUUACCAGGACUUACUCACGGAAAAGGCCACUCUCCUGA